GUGUACGGUGUACGCCAUACAAAAGUAACACAGCUCACGUAACAGAUAUGUCCCAUUUUAAAUGCUGUCCCGUCGCCGGCCUAAAUAUUUAGAUGGUUAUUUUGGUGUCGGUGAUGGGUUCUUUUACGUAGUCAACCAACGGCAGAAAUACAGAGAGUGAUAAACCAUGUCCAUAUGCAAAGUAAUAAUCAUGCGACGCAGGCAGCCUUGUGCGAAAUCCUGUUUAUUGUAGCAUUUGGCCUCACCAAAUGCAGUGUUUAAGAUGUUAACAGUAACGUGGCAAGCUGGGUUCCAAUGGGCCUCCAUUGGAAGAUUUUAGGUGGCCUUUUGUAAAAGAAAUUCAGCUGAUUUUCAUCACUUUUUAACCCCCGAUGAAACAGGAUGUUAUAAGCAUAUACUCUGUGGCCUAUGUGACAGUUCCCAGCACAGAUGUGGGCAAGACAAUUGGAAAUGGACUGGUUAAGAAUAAGCUUGCUGCUUGCGUUAAUAUUAUACCCCAAAUCACAUCUAUAUAUGAGUGGAAGGGAGAGAUUAAUGAAGACAGUGAGGCACUGUUAAUGAUUAAAACACGUACAUCACUAGUGGACAAACUGACAGAGUUUGUGCGUGCCAACCAUCCAUAUGAAGUCUGCGAAGUGAUAUCAUUACCAAUAAAAAAUGGUAACCCACCAUACUUGAAAUGGAUUGGUGAUACUGUUAUGGAGAAUUGAAAAUUAGCAAAUGACAUGUAGUCUCCUAUACCAUUAAUGUUCUUAAAAUUAAGUUUGCAUGACUCAAGUGACAUGAUUCACAUCAAAUAUCAAUAUUAAUUUUAAACAUUGUGGUAGGUAUUGUCUCUUAUUGUGAUGACAAAAUAUUAUGUAUUAUAUGAUCAUGGCCUUCCAUAUAAAGCCAAUAGUAUCAUUGUGCUUUUCUUUCAAAGUCAAAACCAAAAAUAUUUGGCUCAUUCAAAGCUCUUACAAAAUCUACACAAUUUUCAAAAAUAAAACCUAGAAGAAGAUCUGGCAAGAAACACUGGGGUCUGAGAAAUAAAAAAAAAUCGAAGAGGUGAAGUCCGCCAACACGCAUUAUUGGGGCAGCAUGGCGGCCGCUUCCUUGCCCUAAAACUCUCUCAGAAGUGAGAGGAGGCCUGUGCCCAGUUGUGGGACGUAUAUAGGCUAUAACUUCAUAUAAUUACAUACAUCACUUACUAAAUACCAACUAUAUUCAUGUAUCAAUCAAUGUUCUGGUGAUUUGAAAUUCUCUUCCAAUCACAUCUUAGAUGUCAUAGGCCUAAUUGUUUCGGUCGAUUAGUAAUUAUAUAUUGCCCGUAAAUUAUUAUUUUGUAAAUUAAUUACAGGAGUUUGCUGCCAAACCAUAUGGAAACAUGGAAGUAUUUGGUUGCGCUAUAUCUGUGCGAAGUGUUUUUUUUUAUAGGAGAGGGGGCAAACGAGAAUGCGGCUCACCUGAUGGUGACUACCGCCGCCUACAAACAACUGCAACACCAGGGGAAUUGCAGAUGCGUUGCCGGUCUUUUAAAAAGGAGUAGGCUCUUUUCUUGAAUGUCCCUAAGUCGUAUCGGUCUGGAAAAAUCGCCGAUGGUAAUCGACUCCACAAGGAAGUUGUGCGAGGAAGAAAACAUCUUCUAAAUCACACAGUAGUGGACCGCCAAACAUCCAGAAGGUAUGGAUGGUAUCGCAAGAUUUGUCGCGAUGUGCGAUGCUGAAUUUGAGCCGCUGGAAUUAUUCCAAACAAUUCCUCAGAGCACUCCCCGUGGAAGAUGCGAUAAAAUACGCAAAGAGAUGCAACAUCGACGAGACGAUUCGAGCCGCUCUGCGCUGGAUGCGGUUAAGUGGAAGAAGCUGGCACUGGGGAGUCUAAGCCCAGAGACGGGAACAGUAUUCAAUGUGAGACCGAACCUGCGCCUUGUAAAGUUGCAAGUGGUGUGCCGGCAUGAAAUACUGUCCCGCUCUACUGUGCACGCCAAGCUUUUUAGAGGCCAAUUUGGCCUUCUCUUCCAAGUGACCACGAAACUAUAUAUAAUACUAGCUGAGGCAACAAGGAGAGUACCUUGAAACUGAGGAGAUACGACAAAAGGGUUCUUUAUAGCGGUAAACGCGCAAACUUGUGUCUCCUGGGGAUUCAACUGGACUAGAUUUAGUCGCCCCCAGUCUGAGACUUUGUUCAACAAAGUCUCGACUUCAUACACAAGUUUUUCCCGGUACUCGGCGACGUUUUCCCAAAAAAUAUUGGCACGGCCGGCAUAUAAAGCAUCACCAGUGCUGUCUGCAUAGCAAUGAAUGUUACUGGUUUGCAACAUAUCAUUGAUAUGCAGAAGAAACAGCGUUGGUGAUAGAACACAGCCUUGUGGAACACCAGCGUUAAUAGGCUUGUAAUCGGAGCAUGCACCGUCUACUACGACCGUGAUGCUCCGAUCUGCAAGAAAACUGGUGCUCCAAUUGUACAAUUUCUCGGGAAGCCCAUAGGAAGAGAGCUUCGAAAGAAGCGCUUUGUGCCAGACCCGAUCGAAGGUCUUCGCUAUCUCCAAACUAACGGCCAUCGCCUCCCCCUUGGCCUCCGCUGCCUCUGCCCAUCUAUGAGUUAGGUAACCUAGAAGAUCACCACCAGAACGACCUCGACGGAAACCGUACUGGCGGUCACUAAUCAGCCGCUGAUCCUCAAGGUACCGCAUGAGCUGGCUGUUAAUAAUGCUUUCCAUUACUUUGGAGAACAAGGAGGUGAUAGCGAUAGGCCUGUAGUUGGACAGAUCUCAGCGGUCGCCUUUUUUGGGGAUCGGAUGCACCAAAGCUGUCUUCCAUGAGUUCGGGACUACGUCUAGGGAGUAGGAGUACCGGAAAAGACGCGUUACAACCGGUGCACCACUCUGGAGCACACGUCUUCAGCACAAUAGGUGGAACUCCAUCAGGCCCACUCGACUUGUUGACGUCCAGGGAGAGGAGUGCUUUACACACCGAACGCUGUGUAAACAGCACUUCCUGCAUGGAGCACUCACACCGCAGGAUGGUCGGCGUUGUGUUCCCCCCGUCAUCUAGAGUCGAGUUGGAAGCAAAAAGAGAAUCUAGCAGAUCGGCUUUCUCCUUUGCGUCAUGGGACAGUGAGUCGUCCACCCUGUGCAGAGAUGGCGGAGAUGGCUGACAGAAGUUCCCUUGGACAGCCUUGGCGAGGGACCUGAAGGGAGGCGAACUAAUUUCUCGCCAAUUCUGCUGAUGUGCUUUGACUGUGCCUUUACAAUGACACUUUUUAAAGACGGAAUUAUACUUCUUUUUAAGAGCGCUGGUGUUUACAUCUCGGGACGUUGAUGCGUCAGCCCAAGCCCGGUAGCACUCCUGCUUAUAGCGUAAUGCAAUUUUACAGGAGUGACCAAACCAUGGCUGAGUUCUGCCUCUGGAAUAAAUAAUUCGAUCUCCUGAAGUAGCACAUCAGCGACAGAAUCAGCUACGACUUUGGAAUCAUGCGGGGAGAAGCCAACCUGCCCCCAAGGGUAGGAUGCAAAAAAAGACCGCAUCCCGUCCCAAUCGGCUUACCUAUAGUGCCAAACACGGCGACAAGCUGCAAAUCGCAACUGCGAUGGGAGCGUGAAUGGCACCGUACUCCGAUUAGACAAUGGUCCAAAGAGCCAAGAGGGGCAUCGACGGAGACCUGAUAUCCGUCCGUAUGAGAGGUCAGCAGAUUUGCCGUCUCCAGAUGCUAGUAGAUGGCGUUAAGGUUUGUAUGAAGUCCCCUGAUAUUGCAGAAAUUCACGGAAAGUGUAGCAGGGGUGCCUUUGUCUUAUUGCUCCGCUUGCCUCGAGUAGGUUUCGUCUUGAGCGGAAUUUCGCCUUCCUUCCCCCCUCCCCCUCCUCUCCAGAAUGCGCGAGGGGCAGCCUGUGAGCACCCACGCUCAGAAAAAGGAGGGUAGCUUGGGCAUGGAUGCUCAGCGAGGGUUUCUCCAGGGAUGCUGGUACCCUCCUGGGGUAGUGUUCCAUUUAAUUCCGCGACCAUGUUGAUUGGGGGGGGGGGGGGGGGGGGGAAUAGGGCCGUUAAUGCUAGCCCAUCUGUGUAACAGCAAACACUACCGCAUGGCUCUACCACUGUUAAAAUUGUCUUUUUUUAUUUAAAAUAAAGUAUCAUUAUCAUAAUGCAGACCAUUUUCUGACAUAUAAGGAAGAUCAUUUAUAGACUAAGAACAAAAAAGGACUAAGUAUCAAUGCCUGAGGGACACCCAGUUUUAUCACAUCUCGAUGACACUACAUCGUUUAUUGCAACCUUUUGCUCUCGGUUUUGGAGAUAUGAUAGUAAGAGAUCAAAAAAGUACAAUGUUACACACAAAUGCCGUAGUAUUUAAGUUUAUUAAUUAAAGUUUUGUGAUCCACAUCAUACACAUAUGUCAAAUGCCUUUGAAAUAUCUUAGAAGACACUGACAUGAUCAUGGUGCUCCUCCCGGGUCUGUUAAAUAUGCGACACAAGUUUUAUACAAGUAUUAGUCGUGGAUCUUUAUCAUCAUUACAGCCCUUGACAAAUUGAAAGCCGAACGUAGGUCUCCUCGAAGGAAAACCACAAACCACAAACUUUCUGCAUAUGUCAGGUCGUUACGCCAUCUAUUUGGAUUAGGUUAGCCCUUUGCUAUAAUUAUCAAUAAAUUUUCAAGUCUAUUCGAGAACUUAAAUUUUUCAUUAUCUUAUUACUGUUUGGGUUAAGACAAUUGGUAAUAAAAACAAGAAAAUAAUGCUUAACAACACACAUCACUUUAUCGAGUUGUGUGCGAUGCAAAUAUUUCUAUAAGCGUUAACACCAUGUAAUCAGUAGCGAACGAAUUUUCGAGACUAUAGAAAACAAAAAUAUAACAAACGCAAGGUUAAAUUGAUAAGUCCUAUGUUUUUGUAAGAUAUGCUAAAAUUUAUUGUUUGUGAAGGUUUAUGGAGAACGUGUCAGGGUUUGUUAUUUUUAAAUUUAAAGACUGGUAAUGUUUGAUCACUAACAGAUAUGUUUAACAUGUUUUUUUUUAAUCUUAUCUUGAUAAGAACAGUGCCAUUUCAGUCUAAAAAACUGACAGCACUAUAGGUUCCAUCGCUUUCCGUACAUUUCAAAAGUACUAAUUAGACGGGAUCUUUUCGUUCGCGUUGAAGUUCGUGGAGGAGAAAGCAAUUAUUGCCAUCCGUCGCAAAAUCUUUGAAACAAUUUACAUAUUCUGAGUGUUCUCUGUCCACUGAAACAGUUUGUAUUGUAGUUUUUUUAGCCUCACCAGUAAUGCAUUUACAAAUCCCUUGUAUGUAUGUGUAUGUAGUUGAAUAUACUUUUCGGUUUAGUUUUGAGUUCUUACUAACAGAAAUGUUGCAAUAGCUGCAUUUUAGUUAAUUUUGCGAAGUUUGAACUAAUUUAAGAGCACUGCGUUGUUAGGUAGCAAAAACAUAAGUAAUUUUAAGAAUGCAAUAAUUAUAUAUUUAGUAUAGCUCUUAAGCAUUAAAAUGUAAUAGAUUUUGAAUCGAGUCAUAUUAUGUUAAGUUUAAUUAUUAUAAGUAAAAGAUGUGAAUAUAAUUUUGUAUAAUAAACAGUUUAUUUUGCAU